CGUGCUCGAGAAUUCAUUGUGAAAGGGUGCUCAUAGUUUUCUCUCCAGCAGUAGUGUGUGAAGAUUUGGGGUUUUCAGUGGAAAUUGGCCGUGCAGUUGCUCAAGUAACCCAACUAAUUGUGCUCAGGACAAGGCGGCAGCAAAGGAUACAGUGCAAAAAUGAAUAAAUCAUGUGCUAGAUGCAGCAAAAUAGUGUACCCGAUUGAGGAGUUGAAAUGUUUGGACAAGUCAUGGCACAAGGCAUGUUUCAAAUGUCACGAAUGUGGAAUGACGCUGAACAUGAAAACCUACAAAGGAUUCAAUAAAUUGCCAUAUUGUGAAGCACACAUACCAAAGGCAAAGGCAACGACAAUAGCUGACACACCCGAAUUGAAGAGAAUAGCGGAAAACACAAAAAUCCAAUCAAAUGUUCAAUAUCAUGCGGAAUUUGAGAAGUUGAAGGGAAAAGUGACACAGGUGGCUGAUGAUCCAGAAACGCUGCGAAUAAAGCAAAACACGAUGCACAUAUCGAAUGUGGCGUAUCAUGGUGAUUUAGAGAAGAAAGCAGCAAUGGAGAAACAAAGAGAAGCCGCUGAAGUAUCAGAUACAUACACAAGAGACAACAAUGAUUCAGAGUACUUCUCUGAGCAAUUGGCCGCUGAAUCACUGUCACAGUAUCAGGCACCGGCGAAGCAGCCGCCGCCGCCGCAAGCACAUCACCAAGCGAAUCAUCAUCACAAUCAGUCACAGCCAUCGCAUGUGAGCUAUCAGCAGGCGCAGGGCAAGACGGCACCGCAGUAUGGGGCUCCGCCGGCGCCCCAAUAUACCAAUAAUUCUUCAGUCUCUGCAGUUCCCGCUGGGCAGCAGCUGCAGCUGCAGCAGCAGCAGCCGUACGGCCAGCAGCCUGGCUACAACAAUCGCACCAAUGUCGUGCACUCAUCGUCCCAUCCUUCCGGUGGCCUCAUUCAUGCUCAUCAGCAACAGCAGCAGAUCAACCAAAAAUACUAUGAUCAGUAUGAGAACUAUGCGCGGCCGGCGUCGUACAGCAACAACAACCAGAGCGCCGGCUACAAUUCGCAGAUGGUGGCCGGGUAUGGGAACUCGUAUCAUCAUCCGCCGGCACAGCACACGCCCGCGUACACGCAGAAUGCAUACGCACAGAACAAUCACUACAGCCAAAUGGGUGGUGGCUUCAAUAAUGCCACAGCGGCCGGCAUUGGCAAGAUCGCGGACUAUGAUCCGCUGACGGAUGGACCGAGAAAUGUCCCAAAUACACAGAGACCCAGUUCGACACUCAUUUAUAGUUCUGAUCGCAAUUCUGUGAAUUCGACCCAAGGAAGGCGAAUUGGCUCCGUGGCUGACAUGGAUCCGGCGAACGGCGUGUUCGGAGCGGCUGUCGAGCAGCAGCAGAAUCACAUGUAUCAGCAGCAGCAGCAGCACAACCAAAUGAGGCAUUCGCAGGCGCAGCAGCAGCCACAGAGGGCCGGCAAGAUGCGAGUGUUCCGCGCGCUGUACGACUACGAGGCCCAAGACACGGACGAGGUGAGCUUCGCGGAGGGCGAUGUGAUAUUCGAGGUGGACUCGAUUGACGCUGGCUGGAUGACGGGCAGAGUUGAGCGCACAGGAAAGGUGGGAAUGCUGCCGGCGAACUAUGUCGAGUUGGCGACCAUUUAAGAUGGGGGCGAAGGGAAAGCAAUCACGUUGGAUAAAGAGAGAGAGUCUGUAGAGCAGCUUAUUCCUUUUACUUACUCGCUUGAUUUUGAUUGAGUUAGAAAUCUUAUACAUUCAAGGGUGGGCGUUUUUUCUUUGUAUUUGAGAUGGUCUUCGAUGAAUUCUUAAUGGUUCUCUAAACAAAAAAGAUGUUGCUGAAAAGUGAAUUUCUCUAACAUUCUUUUUUAAAUAAUAAUAAUAAUAUUUCAACGAAUAUUCUUUGCACGAAAGAAGCUCUAAUAAAUUCCAGUUUAUUCCUUUUAUCUUUUUGUAACUGUAUGAAGUGGACAAUGAAUGAAAUGAAUAGAAAAGAACUGAUUUUGAAAAAUUGUGCCUUUAGCUGAAUUGGCAAUCACUUUUUUUUUCUAAGAAGAGCUAAAAGAAGAAAUAAAAAAUUGAAACAGUGCUGCAAUUAUUUAUAGUAAGUUUGAAUGGGUGGAAAACAAAACAUCCCAAUUUCGUCAAUUGACUAAAGAGAAUAAGUUCUUAUCAAAUCAACUGAUGCUACAUUCCAUCAGCAUUUACAGUAAACUUUUACACGAGCCAUAAAGAAGAGAGAAAUUAACAGCAGCUUUCUUCACGUCGUUCAUUCUUUUCUCUCUGGAAUCUUCUAAUAUAUAUACUUAAAUAAUUAUGAGAAAGUAUAAUACAAAAAAAAUAUUGUAGAUAUUUUUGUCACACACUUGGAAGAUACGUUAUUAUUUUAAUUUUAUAUGCAGAAAAACGAUGAUUAUACUUUGAUUUUUCUCUGAAGAAAAGUAAGGCAACUUGAAAUUAUACACAGAAACUAAUAUCUAGCAUUUAGUAUAUCAUAAUUUAUACAAAUUAUUUUAAUAAAAAAAAAACUUAUCUAUUGAGCAUUUUGUCUUGUUCAGUCAAACAUUUAACUAUAUUAAAGAAUACAUUGUACAGAUUGAGUAAUGAAUUGUCUUUUCUAACAAGAUAUUGUUCUCCUAAAGUGACAAAUGUAAUUCUGGAAAGUAAUCAUGAUAAUAAAAAUAUG